UUGUAAGAAAAAGCCAAAAAAAAAAAAAGAAAAAAAAAGAAAAAGCAGAAAGCACCAAAAACACGUGGCAGGGGCUGGGUUUAACCGUUAUUUAAUGAAUGGGUUUGGGGUUUGCCGCCUGGCGCUCUCUGGCGCUGUGGAGGGCAGGGGGUGUGGCUCCAGCUGCGCAUCCAGCUGUGCCCGCGGGGGCCCGCCCGGGACUCCAUUUCCCAGCAGCCCCCGCGCCGCGGGGCGGAAGUGACUUUCCCGCCCCGGCGGACUCCAUUUCCCGGCGGCCCCCGCGCCGCCGCCAUUUCCCGGCGGCCCCCGCGGCGUUGAGCGGCGCCAAGAUGGCGGCGGGGAGCGGCGGUGGCGGCGGCCCGGCGGCGCGGGAGCUGUUCGCCGAGGGGCUGCUGCAGUUUCUGAGGCCGGCGGUGCGGCAGCUCGACGGGCACGUCCACGCCGUCAGGGAGAGCCAGGUGGAGCUGCGGGAGCACAUCGACAGCCUGGCCACAGAGCUAUGCCGCAUCAAUGAGGACCAGAAAGUGGCGCUGGACCUCGACCCCUACGUGAAGAAGCUGCUGAACGCCCGGCGCAGGGUGGUGCUGGUCAACAAUAUCCUGCAGAACGCCCAGGAACGGCUGCGGAGGCUGAACCACAGCGUGGCCAAGGAGACUGUGCGGAGGAGGGCCAUGCUGGAGGCGGCGGGCGGCUACCCGCAGGGUCUGCCCGGCAAGUGAGACCCCACCCUGUGGCAGCAGCGGGUCGGAUCCGCCUCGUGCCACGGCUGCGCCGACAGCCCCGCGAGCCGGGCCGGAGCGGCCCUGGACAGUGAUGGGUGCGACUCCGUAAGGACAGCGAAGGGGAACGGGCUGCCGGUGAGGGGAGCAGGUAUCCCUGGUUGGAGCAGCGCUCUCCUGAGCAUCCGCAGCACGGGGAGGGGGUGAGAAGUCCUGCGCAGUGAGGCCGCAGCUCUUCAGCUGCAGCUGAAGGAGCCGGGGGAACCCGAAUUGUAUUUCCAGAUUUGUAGGUGCCGUAAUAAAAGCGAGCGUGUGUUGCUUA